AUGGGGCAGUCCAGGGCUCCCGAGCCCGCCCUGACGGGGAGGGACACGAGUGAACCACAGAUGCCCAUCCCCGCCAAGGGCAAGGCCAGUGGCCUGCCCACGACCUCCGGCGGCAACCCCUUCCAGCUCUGGGCCCUGGGAUUCUUCUGCACUGAGCGCCACCUGGCCGACCGCCUCAAGACCAAUGGCUUCUACCCAUUCACGCAGCAACAGCCCGGCGUCUUCGUCCUCGAGUACUACCUGGACACUCUGUGGAAGGGAAUGCUGCUCUUCGUCGUCUGCCUCGCCUUCGUCAGCUUCGGCCUUGUGCGGCAGGUGGAGAAGCAGGAGACCUGGGGCUUCCCCACCUAUGGCAUGGGCGUGGGCUUGUGGCUGCUGAUCUCGUCCCUGCCGCGGCGCCGCCUGGUGCUGAACCACACGCGCGGCGUCUACCACUUCUCCAUCCAGGGCCGCAGUGUGUGCCAGGGCCCCAUGCACCUGGUCUACGUGCGCCUGGCACUCAGCUCCGAUGCCUACGGAAGGUGCUUCUUCCAGCUGGUUCUUUGUGGUCACAAGCUGGAGCCCCUGGUGCUGGUGCAGCUGUCUGAGCGCUACGAGCAAAUGGAAUACCUGGGCCGCCACAUCGCUCGAAAACUCAAUAUUAACUACUUCGACUACCUGGCCACGUCCUACCGGCACGUGGUCCGACACUGGCCACUGGGUGCUGCCUUUAGCCCGGGCAUCGUACAGCGUAAGAACCGGGUCUACCACCGGCCAAGCAGCUCGCACUCCGACCUGGACGUGUGACCGUACCCCUCCCCGCGCUCCCAGGACCCUGUCCUCCCUCCCCGUGCCUGCCCUCCCUGGCCUGUGGCCUGCGUGCCACCAUCCCGGGCUGACCUCCGUCCCCACUGGCUUCCUCUCAGUAAAGCCUCUAGCUUCCAGCAAGGUCACUCUCACGGCCUCCCCCACGCGCAGCUCCCAGGCCUCAGGGAGCCCUUCCUGUCCAGAGGCUGCCACAAACCACAGAGCAGAGUGCAGAGCGUGGGGAGCCGGAGGCAGCCAGACCUCCAGGAGGUCCCACAGGCUGGAGGCCGGCUUCUCCCACCCCACGGCCAGCAGAGCUUAACCUGUCCUCACUUCAGAGGUGCAGGCAAGGCGGGUUCCCAGGAGUCAGAAUCCGACCAGCCCCACUCCCGUCAGCAGUAGGACAGAGAAUCCAGAGGGCAGGUCUGUGCUGGGGUGCAUCCGGGACCAGGUCACCUGAAGGUGCAGCUGUGUCCCUCCUAGGAUCUAUGUGGGACACUGCACAUCCUAGCAGGGUGCCAGGCCUCCUGGAGGGUGGAUGC